UGCAUUACACUCGUCUCAUCCGUAAACAACAGACGUCCCUCGGUGAUUUUGCCUUCUCUUUAAUUUUUAUCGGGUAUUCUUUUUUGAUUUUCUUAUUUGUUCCUUUGGGAACGUUUUUCACUUUGGUUUUCUCGCUCCAUGCGCUGAAUGAAGGAGCGCAGAGCAUGGGAAUCGUCCAAUCCGAUCCAAACACGUAAAUAAAUUAAAUAAAUAAUUAAGUAAAUGUGGUCUAUAGAACAGUCGUAAUGCAUGAGAUUCGACACUUGCAGCAGUUAUCCCACAGUGAUUUUUGAAAAAUAUCAAAAAUGAAUUGCUGUGGAAGUUCUAUGAUAUACGAGUUCCACUCCACAACACAUUUAUAUAAAGGCCUCGAGGAAACGGAUCUUCGUUUGGAAAUACAUGAAUUGGGUAGCGAUGCCCUGCAAGUUAGACUAGUGAAUAAAGAUUUUCCCAAACAAAAGAAGGCAGCAAUCAAGGAAUCACUGGUCUUUGUUGCCAUUUGUGGUUUCUACCUCUGGUUACAUCUGAAUGCUGCAUUUCGAUUACUCUAUUUUGGGAUUGCUUCAUUUUUAUGGUUUCUGCCCAUACUUUGGCGUUGGUUAAGUCUUGUUAAAGCGGAAAAUAUCAUUUUCUGUCAUGAUUUCGGUAUUAAUCUUCAAAUCGAAAAAUGUUGGGGUAAGAGUAAUACAUUUAUAUCUUCAUCCGCCAUACAUGACAUUCGAAUCAAUGAGGUUCUGGAGAAUUUUGAUUUUCGUUACCUUCUGAUUAUACGAACCAAGGGAAAGCUCUUCCAAAAGAGACCCAUAAUUCCUAUAUUUAAGGUAUUCAACCCGACUUGUGAUUGUUUAAACAUAAUUUAUAAAAAACUUAAUCAAAUGUAUUGUAAGACGCAGUAAUUAUUUUCAUAAUAAAUUGAUGCCUUCUUCGACCAGACUACAUUCCUUGAGCAAGGCACCAAUCUGGAAAACAAUAUAA